GCAGUUAGCGGCUGGGUCGAUAUGAACACAAGCAGGCGAGCUGUUGGACGUGUUUUAAGAGCAGCGUGAAUGUCCGCGGAGCUGUGUGGGCAAGAAAAAUGGUGUGCAAAUGUUGACCUGUGUGAAGAAGCGCUCGUAGGCAGCAACAUGUUUUCUCCCAAACAUCCUCUGUCCUGACACAGGGAGUUGUACACCCAGGAUCCUGAUUGUCUACCUCAACACACGUGGAGUCCACUCCCUCUUUUCUACCUCUUCAGACAUCUGCUGCUCUUUUUCUACCUCAGCACGUUCUGUACACACACGCACUGUGUCAAAGUCGUUAUCAGCCAGCUCAGAAACGCCAACAGACCCUUCACUUUAUCACCAGGCUCUUAGGUGUCAGUCAUCCAGCCUCGGUGUAACACGCUCGACUGGGUUUCUUCCUGCUCAGCAGCCAUCACUGUUAUCUGACUCCCUGCGGGGAGGGGCCUCCUGAAGCAGCCAUGUUACGCCAGGGUUUGUGAUGUCCGAGCCCUGCGACGGACCAGGACCAGGGGAAGAACAGGGGCGGAGUCACAGAGACGUUCCUCUGUUUGUGGUUGGCUGUGAAGAUGACGAACAGGACGUGGGCCAAAUGGAAGCAGGCAUGAAGAACGAGAUGUUUCGAGAAGAGGAAAUGGAGGAUGAUGAAGAUGAGUCGCCGUCAGAGCGACAGAUUGUGGUUGGCAUAUGUGCCAUGAUGAAGAAAUCCAAAUCCAAGCCCAUGACUCAGAUCUUGGAGCGUCUUUGUAAGUUCGACUACAUUGAUGUAGUCAUAUUUCCCGAGGAGGUGAUCCUAGAGGAACCUGUGGAGAGAUGGCCCCUUUGCGACUGCCUCAUCUCCUUCCACUCCAAAGGUUUCCCUCUGGACAAAGCUGUGGAAUAUGCCAAGCUCAGGAAUCCACUGCUCAUCAAUGAUCUCAACAUGCAGUAUUUCAUUCAGGACAGGAGGGAAGUGUAUCGGAUCCUACAAGAAGAGGGCAUUGAUCUACCUCGUUAUGCUGUGUUAAACCGAGACCCUGACAAUCCUGAAGAGUGUAACCUGGUGGAGGGAGAGGACCAUGUUGAGGUGAACGGGGAGGUGUUCCCAAAACCCUUUGUGGAGAAACCUGUGUGUGCAGAGGACCACAACGUCUACAUCUAUUACCCAACAUCUGCAGGAGGAGGCAGCCAGAGACUCUUCAGAAAGAUAGGGAGUCGUAGCAGUGUGUACUCCCCAGAAAGCAGCGUACGAAAGACUGGAUCCUACAUCUACGAGGAGUUCAUGCCAACAGAUGGUACUGAUGUGAAGGUUUACACAGUGGGCCCUGACUAUGCCCAUGCUGAGGCCAGGAAGUCUCCAGCGCUGGAUGGGAAGGUAGAGAGGGACAGUGAGGGGAAGGAGAUCCGUUACCCCGUCAUGCUGACUGCUAUGGAGAAACUGGUGGCCCGCAAGGUCUGCCUGGCCUUUAAGCAAACAGUAUGUGGAUUCGACCUGCUCAGAGCCAACGGCCAUUCCUUUGUCUGUGAUGUUAACGGCUUCAGCUUUGUCAAGAACUCAAUGAAAUACUACGACGACUGUGCCAAAGUCCUGGGGAACAUGGUAAUGAGGGAGUUGGCCCCCCAGUUCCACAUCCCCUGGUCCAUCCCCAUGGAAGCUGAAGACAUCCCCAUCGUCCCAACAACCUCAGGAACGAUGAUGGAGCUGCGCUGUGUUAUUGCCAUCAUCCGACAUGGUGAUCGCACACCAAAGCAAAAGAUGAAAAUGGAGGUUCGGCAUCCUCGAUUCUUUGAAUUAUUUGACAAGUACGGAGGAUACAAGACGGGAAAGCUAAAGCUAAAAAAGCCAAAACAGCUGCAGGAAGUGCUGGAUAUCGCUCGCCUGCUGCUAGUUGAGCUGGGCCAGCACAAUGACUGUGAGAUUGAGGAGAAGAAAUCCAAACUGGAGCAACUCAAGACAGUUCUGGAAAUGUAUGGUCAUUUCUCAGGUAUCAACAGGAAAGUGCAGCUGACCUACUUGCGGAACGGCCAACCUAAAGCUUCUAGUGAAGAAGAAGACUCGAAGAAGGACAGUCCAUCUUUGCUGCUGGUGUUGAAGUGGGGCGGGGAACUGACGCCUGCGGGCCGGGUUCAGGCUGAGGAGCUGGGCAGGGCCUUUCGUUGCAUGUACCCUGGAGGUCAAGGUGACUAUGCGGGUUUUCCUGGCUGUGGCCUCCUGCGUCUGCACAGCACUUACCGCCACGACCUGAAGAUCUACGCAUCUGAUGAAGGCAGGGUGCAGAUGACGGCAGCUGCUUUUGCUAAGGGUCUGCUGGCUCUAGAAGGGGAGCUCACCCCCAUCCUGGUUCAGAUGGUCAAGAGUGCCAACAUGAACGGACUGCUGGACAGCGACAGCGACUCCCUGACUGACUGCCAACAGAAGGUGAAGGCCAGGCUGCAUGAGAUCAUGCAGAAGGACCAGGAGUUUUCACAGGAGGACUAUCAAAAGCUGGCCCCAACCAGCAGUCCAUCACUGGUGAACUCUAUGACUGUCAUAGAGAAUCCAGUCAAGACCUGUGACAAGGUGUAUGCACUCAUCCAGAGCCUCACGUCACAAAUCCGGAAGAGACUGGAAGACCCCAAGUCUUCAGACUUGCAGCUUUACCACAGUGAGACAUUGGAGCUGAUGCUGCAGCGCUGGUCCAAGCUGGAGAGAGACUUCCGCAUGAAGAACGGACGCUACGACAUCAGCAAGAUCCCCGACAUCUACGACUGCAUCAAAUACGACUCCCAGCACAACGCCUCACUUAGUCUGGAGGACACACUGGAGCUGUUCAGACUGUCCCGUGCCCUGGCUGACAUAGUCAUACCACAGGAGUAUGGCAUCAGCAAAGCAGAGAAACUGGACAUUGCUCAGGCUUACUGUGUUCCUCUGCUGAAGAAAAUCCAGCUGGACCUGCAGAGGACCCAUGAGGACGAGGCCGUCAACAAGCUGCACCCCCUGUAUUCUCGAGGCGUGAUGUCUCCUGGUCGUCAUGUCCGCACACGCCUCUACUUCACAAGCGAGAGCCACGUUCACUCCCUGCUCAGCAUCUUCCGCUACGGAGGACUGCUGGAUGAGGAGAAGGACCAGCAGUGGAAACAGGCAAUGGACUACCUGAGCGCUGUGACUGAACUCAACUACAUGACACAGAUAGUCAUCAUGCUGUAUGAAGACAACAAUAAGGACCCCUCCUCAGAGGAGCGUUUCCAUGUGGAGCUUCACUUCAGUCCAGGAGUCAAAGGAUGUGAAGAUGAAGAGAACGUACCUCUUGGCUUUGGCUUCCGACCAGCAUCCUCAGAGAAUCAGGACAAAAAACCUAAUCAGGGCAGUCUGGAGGACCUUUCUCAGGACCAGCCAGACCAGGCACUUCCUGUCUCAGAGCCAAUCAACAUCCAGCGAAGAUCCCCCAUGAUCCGCAAUCGCAAGACGGGCUCCAUGGAGGUCCUCUCUGAGACCUCUCCCACCCAUUCAUCCAAAGGCUGCACAUCCCAUCGACUCUUCCAGUCGUGUUCACGCCAGUCUCCUGAGAUCAAACCAGCCAGUGGCCUAGGCUCGCUCUGCUCUGGCCUCUUCAGUGCCUCUGCCCUCGGGGUGUCCUGUAGCGCCCCCAACCUGCGGGACUACGUCCGCACGCACCACCACCACCACCGAAAGCCACCUUUGUCCCCUGGCAGUCUGCCGUGCCACAGUGGCAUGUUUGAGCUGUUCUCUAUGCCGGCAGUAAAGAGAUUUUCUGUGUCGUUUGCCAGGCAUCCGACUAAUGGAUUUGAAGGCUGCUCCAUGGUGCCCUCUAUCUAUCCACUGGAGACGCUGCACAACUCACUCUCCCUCAAGCAGGUGGACGAGUUUCUCAACGCCGUGUGUGAGAGCAGCAGUGAGGUCCACGCCAAAACCAUGAAAGCGCUCUCCAGCCUGUUUGACUCUCAGAGCCAGACGUCACUCUACAGCCCACAGCAGCCUCUGUCUUCAUCUGGAUCAGAAACAUCUCUUCGCCCGCCAAGCCAGCCACUAUGGCAUGGCAGCAUCCCCUCCAGUGCUGUAUCCAGCGCAGGCCCCUCGUCCCCGAUCACUGACGCCUCCGGUCUGAACUUCAGCUUCACCGAAUAGGCUGACAGUCUGAACAACACAAGGACUUCUGCUUAUUUGAGGGCACAAUGUGAAGAACUCUGUUUGUCCGUCUCCCCGUGCUGUAGCUCAUCUUUCCCGCUAUCCUUCUGCUCACAUUCACAAAUACAGCUGGAGGUGAUUGUGGAGAGAUGCCACUCUGCUUCAGUUAUUAUGCUCAAACUGUAAAUACAGUCCCACAUGCUGUAUAUGGACUCUUCUGGUGCCCCUCAACACUACAUGUUCUCUACAGACAGAAAAUGCUGAACUUCCACUGGGUGAAAAUUUCUCAUUGACUCAGUCCUCCUCUUCACUUUGUCCACACACACAUUCAUAAACCAGAUCCCACGACUGCACAGCGAGCCAACCUUCAGACCAGUUGUGCCUUUGUUUUAAUUUAGAUGCUGCCUAUGCUAAAUCAACAAGUGCCUACUGUUUGUUUUUCUUCUCAGUCCAAAUGCUGUUAAAAUAUCUCACACAGCAGCUGCCUCUUCUCUGACCUGCCCUACGGACAUUUACAGCUGAAAUGUAUUCAGACAGUUUUUUUUUUUAAUUCACAUGAGAUUUAACAACAGUUUGAUUGAGCUUGUGGUGUAUUUCAGCCUCAAAUGUCUGCAUGUAGACUGAAAGUUAAAGACUAAAGGAAUAGUUUGAUAUUUUCAUAUAUAUUCCAUCUUGCGGGCUGCAGGGUGGCGGAGUUGUUAG